AUGCAAGCCGAUUUGUGCCGCUGUUGUCUCUCAGAAGGCGCUCAUAAAGAUUUAAAUUCUGGCUACGUAUGGUUUAAUAAAAAAGAAAUUUAUUCAGAUAUGCUAAAAGAUUGUUUCAACAUAAUAGUAAAUGAGAAACCAAUUAAGAUCAAAUUGGAGCCUUUAGUUGAAAGUGGUGAUGAUUCUGACGAUUACUUUUUAGCUGAUGCAGUAAAAGAUGCGUCAACAGAGGACAUAAAACAAGAAACAGAAGAAUGUAUUAUAGAGAAGAGAACUAAGAAGAAUGUUAAUAGACACAGUAGCGCUUCUGGGAAAUGGCGGAAUGAUAAAAUUAAGAGUUUAGUAACGAAACUUGCAAGCAUUAGUGAGUUAAACUACUUUACUAUUAUUGGACGGAUGUAUUGUACAGUCAAGAUUACGUUUGCGUAUUACAAAAAUGUCAAAUUCUCCAAAAGGCAUGACUUAUUUUUGUUUGUCUCACUAGAUUACUGCAGAACAUUGAACUCGUAUUUUUUGCAUAAUCAAUAAAUUACAGCGAUACGUUGCGUUGAAAUGUCGCGUGACGUCACACCUUUGUACAUUUUCUACUUAAUUGUAACGUAGCGAGCCCCCACAUCUAAUAUGUUUUUGUUAUCUAACUGACAGACUAAAUGGAAUAUCUAUUUUUUUAUCUAGGCAUAGUCCUUAUUAAGUUUACACUUCAAUAUAUUGGCAGAACUUUUUAAGUAACUUGGCGCCCUAGGCAAACCACUGUAGCUUUGCGCUCCGGCAAAUAUGAUAAGUCUACAAUCAUGACAAUUGUUAAUAUUUAAAGUUAAUUUCUCUUUUUCAGAUUCCCUCGACAUCAAAGAGAUACAGUUACCAAAGAAGAGAAAGAAAACUGAAACGAGACAGAAAAUCGCAGUUCCAAAAGAUAAAGUCAACUUGAUAUGGACAUCCCGCACUAUCAACGACAAAAUAAAACAUAAAGAAAACCUUCAGACCAUACUCAAAUACUCUAAUGCUACACCUUUCAAGAACAAAUCACUGUUAGGCUUCAUAUGCGGUUACUGUGAUGCCACUUACCAAGACCCAGCUGAUUUGCGCACUCACACCGAGACGGAUCACGCUAAAAUACGUCUCCAAUUCAAAUCAAACUUUGAUAUGGCCGAAUACAGUGUUAAAUUAGAUGUACAAGAUUUGUUAUGCACAUUGUGUGAUACGAAAAUGGAAAAUUUAACUAUACUGAAUGAUCACUUAGUUAAAUCACACGCUAAAACAGUUCAUAGAGAUAUAAAAGAUCACAUAUUGCAGUUUAAGCUUAAAAAAGGUGAUAUUUACGAUUGUGCCCUCUGUACCUGCAAAUAUGAGACGUUUAAGAUGUUGAAACAGCAUAUGAAUAUACAUUACAGCAAUUAUACUUGCAACAAAUGUGAAUCUUCGUUCGCUACCAAACGUUCUUUGAACGCUCACAUCACAACUCACCAGGAGGGUAGUUUCAAAUGCGAUUAUUGCGACAAAAUUUUCCCAAGUAAACCUAAGAAGCAUUACCAUGAGAAAAUGAAACAUUUAGGUGCAAGGAAUAUUGGUAACUGUCCGUAUUGCAACGUAUCCUUCCGGAGUUAUUACCAGCGUAAUCAACAUUUAGUGAAAGUGCAUAAUUCUGAGGCUCAAUACAAGUGCAAUGUGUGUAAUAAGGCUUAUAUAUUGAAGUCUCUGCUUAUGUAUCAUAUAAAGAAGAAUCAUUUGAUGGAGAGGAAUUGUCAGUGUACCGAGUGCGGUUUUAGGUUUUUCAGCAAGAAAGCGCUUAAAGCUCAUAUGGUUAAACAUACGGGGGAAAGGAAUUUCUCGUGCGAAGUUUGCCACAAAUCGUACGCUAGGAAAUAUACUUUAAGAGAACACAUGAGGAUACAUAAUAACGAUAGGAGGUUCAAAUGCGAAGUUUGCGCUAUGUCUUUUGUACAGAAGUGUAGUUUGAAAAGUCAUUUGCUAUCCAAUCAUGGUAUAAGUAUGGCGGCGAGUGACAUCACGACGUCAUAGUGCCGGAAUAUUUAAGCUUAUCACUGACAUUGAAUCGAUCGUGAAUGAAACGGAAAGUGUUAAAGAAGAACCGGACUCGCGCACCGAAGCUUUUGAUAUUUUCAGCUCGAUACCUCCA